AUGGCGGCAAUCAAUGUCACUAACGUGCGAGUCUUGAAUAACCCAGCAAUGUUCAAAGAUGCCUUUAAAUUCGAAAUCACAUUUGAGUGCUUAACACCUCUGCCAGAUGAUUUGGAGUGGAAAAUCAUAUAUGUAGGCUCUUCAGAAAACUCCAGCUUUGAUCAAGUCUUGGAUUCAGUUCUGAUUGGCCCGCUACAGUAUGGGACAAUGAGGUUCGUAUUCGAAGCUGAUGGGCCUGAUAUUAAUAAGAUUCCCUCUGAAGAAGUCGUAGGUAUAACAGCUGUCAUUUUGACAUGCUCUUAUUGGGAACAGGAAUUUUUCAGAAUCGGAUAUUAUGCGAAUAACCAAUACACUGAUCCAGAACUCAUGGAAAAUUUGCCACCUGUGCCAAUCCCUGAAAAAAUCCAGCGAACUAUAUUGGCUGACCGUCCAAGAAUUAGUAGGUUCCCAAUUAAUUGGUCUGAAAACCCAAAAAAUGUGCAAACUUUACAGACUGCUUCUUCUACGUCAUCUUAA